UAGGAACUAUCGCUCAUCUCUAUUGGAAAACCCUUUUUAAAAAUACCCAUUUGUAAAAGAGUAGUGCUUUAAAUACAGAAUUAAAAUAAUAAUAAUAAUGCCAACCAGUGAGAUGGGAUUUUCAGAAGAGCAAAUGGGCAUGAAGUUCGAUCGAUGUGUAUCUGAUACAAUUGUUAAAGGAAGUGGCGGUCUUAUCAUUGGAUCGGUUGUGUCAUUAUUAUUUUUCAGAAGACGUUUGUGGCCUACUUGGCUAGGGGCUGGCUUUGGAGUUGGCGUGGCCUAUAGUUCUUGUGAAAAUAACUUAAACUCAGUAAAAUAAUAAAAUGUCCUAAUAAAAAAUUGCUGUAUGUAAAAGCAAUAUCGACCAAUGA